UUUCACUAUCUUUGGCGAGAAAGUUGGUGCGGGUUAAUUGGCGAGUUCUGCCGUGUCAUAGGCUUAUCUUCAGCUCUAACUUUUUUUGGAUCGGAUGCAGAGAAAUGGGAAGAGUUAUUGCUGCGACAGUGUCAUCGGAAAUGUGUCCAAUUCGCGCCGUCCUUUCCUAGUCACCGAGGUACACCACCAGCCGUUCCUAUUGUUCUUAGUCUUCCUUCCAAAAAGGUAAAUGGAUUGAUUCCUUAUGUUGUCGAGUGGGCGGAAUGUGAUGGGUUCAAUCGAGAACUACGUGAAUGGAUUUUUGCUCUGUUGUUAAUUGUUGAAAAGCCAUUGCUUCCUGAUGUAUGUGCAGCUCUUAGAGGACUAGCAAACCUAUGUAAAACAUUAAGGAAUUCGUUGGAUAUUGAACGAUUAGCUGAAUUUUCAGUACAGCUCAUCCAUCUGCUCGUCUUCUUUUCCAGUUUUGCGAGUCAUGGGCUUCCAACUAUCUUCUCCUCUAUGUAA